AUGUGUGGCCGAUAUGUUCUAGCUCUGCGCUAUGGCCAGGUGCACGACGUCUUGCUGGAGCACGGCCUGCCUGCCGACGACUUCCACGACCAGCACGGAGGGUGGGGACAGAACGAUUCCGAUGACGCGCAGCAGGACCACCAAAAUGCUGAGGGAAAUGACCUCGCGCACGAUACAGAGGUAUUGGGAGAUGCGGAUUCUUCCAAUGGAGGCGAUGCCAUAUUCCAACCUUCGUACAACUUUGCGCCGGGCUACCACGGUAUCAUCCUCCGGCCUGUCUUCCCUGGGAAGCAAUCCGACAAGCCAAGCACACCGACCAACAAAGUCAAGGUUGGCGAGCGGAAGGCCGAAGUACAUCUCCAGCUACAGGUCAUGAAGUGGGGCCUUGUGCCAUUCUGGAUGAAGAAACGUCCAGACUACUCGACCAUGCUCAAGACAAUCAACUGCCGCGCCGACUCGCUCGCAGCCGGUACGGGCAUGUGGGCGUCGCUGCGCGGACGCAAGCGGUGCAUUGUCGUGGCGCAGGGCUUCUACGAAUGGCUCAAAACGGGACCCAAAGAGCGCGUGCCACACUACAUCCGGAGGCGAGAUGGACUGCCGCUCCUGCUGGCCGGGCUGUGGGACAGUGUAGUGUUUGAGGACGGCGAGGGCGGUAAAAACGGCACCGGAACGAAGACGUAUUCAUACACAAUCAUCACGACGGACUCUAACAAGUCGCUGCGGUUUUUGCACGACCGCAUGCCUGUUGUGUUCGACUACCAGUCACGCGAGCUGCAGAUGUGGCUGGACCCGACGCGCGACGCGUGGUCGAACGAGCUGCAGACGCUGCUCCGGCCGUGGCCCCGAAUGGCGGAAGACGACGACGCGGCUCUAAUCGUGGACGUAGUGAGCAAGGACGUCAAUAAAGCCGGGCACAGCUCGCCAAGCUUCAUCGUGCCGGUGGCCAGCGAGAGCAACAAGGCAAAUAUUGCCAAUUUCUUCCGAGGAGGGAUGGCGUCGAAGGAAGAAAAGCAAACGAAGCGAGAGGCAGAAGGCGGAGAGGUUGAUGCCGAGCAGCCGGUGAAGAGAGCAAAGGUCGUGGCUCCUACGGAGGAUGCGAUUCCUCCUGCCACAGCGCCAAUACCUACGACGCCCGUGAAGAACACUAUGGGCACGCGACCAGUAUCCGUGACGGCGAGCAGCGGUAAAGAGCGUCAGGAUACCAUGGGAAGCAAAGGGAACAGCAAAUUCAAGGCAACAGCUCGCACACCAAGCAAGAAGACACAAAACGAUAAAAGCAGUGGCAGCCAGAGGAUCACGUCCUUCUUUGGCCCCAAGAACGGUUAG